AUGAGCAGAUCGGUGGGUGAUUCUAGCAAUGUGUCACGAACACAAGCAAAUACCAAAACUGCUGUAAGCAGUGAAUCAUUACAAAAAGCUGCCAAAACAUUCACUUCCGACAUUGAAUUGCAAAAUAAUCAGCAAACGGAGAAGGCGAAGGAUAUUAGUGCCACAUCUACAUUGACAGUUCCGGAACGAGGUUACAGCUGGUUUGUAGCAUCCGUCAUGGUUGUUGCGGAUAUGGUUGGCGGAGGUGUAGUGGCCAUGCCGGCUGCAUUCCAUGAAACAGGUACGCUUCUUGGUUGUCUGUUCAUGGCUAUGAUCGCCAUAUUCUUCACCAACAGUGCUUAUCUCUUAUCCGAGACGUGGAGUAUCAUGAGAGAUCGAUGGGUUGUAUACAAGACACAUUGUCGUCAACCGUAUCCGGAAAUUGGCAUGCGUAGUUUCGGACCUAAAAUGAGGCUUGUUGUGGCUGUGUCGCUGUUCUGUACUAUAGCUGCAGUUGUGCUAAUUUUGAUUGGUGUCACUCUUGAUUACAGUUCAUGCAAAUCAUCAGCUGUCUAUAAGUCAGCAAGCUUUCAUUCCUUCUACAGCCUCGGAACAUUUGUAUUUGCCUACAGCGGUCAUCACGUAUUUCCAACGAUUCAGCAUGAUAUGCGUGAACCAAAAGAAUUCUCGAAAUCUAUCUUGUUUGGAUUUAUUUGGACCGGCUGUCUGUACGUCCCGCUCUCCGUGUACUCCUACGCCGUCUACGGUCAGAGCAUGCACGAAUCAGUGAUUGAUUCGCUGCAAACAACAUGGAUUCGACAUACGGCUGACCUGGCAGUUGCAUUCCACUGUCUCCUUACAAUUAUACUCACCAUCAAUCCGAUAAACCAGCAGUUUGAAGAUGUUUUCCAUGUUCCACACAAGAUGUGUUGGCAACGUGUCGUCGUUCGUACCGGGCUUUUGGCGUCCAUAUUAUUCGUCGCCUUGUCAAUUCCGAACUUCGGCUCAAUUAUGGAUUUCAUCGGGAGUACAGCUAUUCCAUUUACCUGUGUUAUAUUGCCAACUUUGUUCGGUCUUUCUCUCAAAUCCCAGAGAAUUUAUGAGAGGACACCACGUUACGUAUUGUAUUGGUACGUGCUUUUGAACGGUGAGUCACGUUAUUAA